AUGAAGACUUCGGGUACAUCGUUCCUCCUUAGCACUGUUAGAGAUAUAUAUGAGCGCCUCUCUCAUACUUACGACCACUUCUCCUUCCCCGGCGCCGUACCUCGUACUUUUCUCGGCGCUGUGCUCCUCGCAGGAUUAGGGCAGCCCAUCAUCGCUCUUGUUGGUUUUCAGUAUGCACAGCUUGUAGUUCGAGGAAUCCUUGGUGCUGCCAAUGUUGCUGCGCUCUUGACGUUCAAGUCUUCUCUCAAGAGAGCUUAUGGGUCAGGUGUUUCAGCUUGGUGGGUGGUGUUUAUGGCGAGUCAGUUCCAUAUCAACUACUAUGUUUCCCGGACGUUGCCAAACAUGUAUGCAUUCUGUCUCACUACCCUUGCUUCGGCAUUCCUACUCCCCCAGACGUCACCUCAUCUCUCUGCUGCUCGUCAGAAACAAGCCAUCGCCCUCUUGGUCAUCGCAGCAGCCAUCUUCCGCUCUGAAGUCGCUGUUCUUCUCAGCACUACAGGGCUCUACCUCCUUUUCACGCGUCGUAUGGGUCUGGGCCCCUUGGUUCUCACUUUCCUCGGCUCAUUCAUCUCUUCACUGCUUAUUUCAGUGCCCAUUGACUCGUAUUUCUGGCAGAAGCCCCUGUGGCCCGAGUUGUGGGGUUUCUACUUCAAUGCUAUCCUUGGGUCUUCGUCAGAAUGGGGUGUUUCUCCCUGGUAUUACUAUUUCACCUCAGCGCUUCCCAAGCUAUUACUCAACCCUUUCGUGCCCGCUUUGGCAGUGUAUGCACUACUCCAGCCUGGCACAUCAAGGGCUACCCAAACACUGCUGAUCCCUAGCUUGCUCUUUGUGGCCAUUUACUCUGCUCAGCCUCAUAAAGAGGCUCGUUUUAUCUUCUAUGUUGUGCCGUCUCUGACUGCCGCUGCAGCUCUCGGCGCCAAUUUUGUCUUCUCUCGCGCCUCUAAAUCCAUCAUCUACCGUGGCGUCUCUGCUGUUAUCGUCUUGUCGGUUCUCGUCAGCUUCGUAGGUAGCACUGUCAUGCUCCUAUUCUCUUCACUCAACUAUCCUGGCGGUGAUGCGCUUCGACAACUCUCUUACAUCACCCGCGAUGACCCUACUCCCGUCAUAGACGUCCACGCCGACGUCUUGAGUUGCAUGACGGGGCUGACCUUGUUUGGGCAGAACCCAUCUGGUUUUCCCAUCGCUUUCCCCAUCACCUCCAAACCUGAUUCUACGGCACCUGUUCUAGUCUUCGACAAGACUGAAAAGGGAGAUCAACUUUAUUGGCCGCGUUUCUGGGAGCGCUUCGACUAUGCUCUCGCUGAGAACCCACGCAAGGUGUUGGGUGGCUGGCAAGUUAUAGGAGUUGUCGCGGGUUACGACGGUGUUGAGAUUCUCAAGCCUGGCUCUCAUGCAGCAGGAGAUGAGAGCAAAGAGGGAACAAUCGGUGGUGAGAAAUUACUGGGACUGGGCGCCAAUGUCGCUGCUCUCAGAAAUAUGGUCAGGGGCUAUACAGGUGGUUGGUGGGUUGGACCUCGAAUGUCACCUCGAAUCCGAAUCUUGAGGCGUGUCAGUUAG